UUGCAAUUAUAUACUAUUUCAACUUUAUUACUACUAAUUUGCCAAUGUUGGUCAAUUGGUCGUACCGUUGUGUAAUGUUGUGUGAGGUUAUUUCUUUCUAGUUGUUGAUGUUCAGCAGUUCGACCGUGGCACGUGUCCUUUUCUGAACUUUUGUCAACAUUUUAGCUGGAUCUAAGUUGAUUUUGUAAGGAAUAUCGUUAUUUUUAAGGUACAAAUACAAAAAUGGCUAAAAGUUUGAGAAGUAAAUGGAAGCGAAAAAUGAAAGUCAUCAAGAGAGAGCGUUAUGGAAAAAAAGAACUUGAAAAACUUAAGGCCAUCGUUGAAACAUUUAACGUAAAAUCAUCUAACGAUGUUCAAAUGACGGAAUUACAAGAUUGUGUUACAGUUAUUUCACCUCCUUCAACUAGUGUUGAACAGGCAGAAGACAACACGGAAAUGGAAUGCGACGGAGGAAAAAUAAAAAUCUACAACCCACAAACGAUGAAGGACCAAUACGGAAAUUAUCCUGUUUGGAUGAGCUCCCAUAGAAAGAAGAAAAUAAUGAAAAGAGAAAAGAAAAUGAACAAAAAUCGAAAAAGGAGAGAUAAGCUGGCAAAAAAUAUAUACUAAAAUAUAUAAUAUAAA